AGAAGGCCUGCUACGCCGUAGAUCCUCCCUAGUUAACCACCUACUCCCGCUCUACGUCCCUGCGAUGUAGCGACACGUUUCCAAAUAUUUCUCCUCUCUCCUCGAGUCGCAUUGUUCUUCUUUUAUCCACGGAUUCUCCACCAGCGCCAAACGUUCGACACGGUUUGAAGGAGGACUACGGGCUCUACUCCUCCUACCACUUGCAUGACCGACGCACGCUUAUUUCCUCGGGCUGCGCUAUCCCUCGCACCAUCUUCAACCAGUGAUAUUUGGGUAAAACUCGACUCCACGGCAACGUCUGCGUACCAUGUCAACCGCAAAACCGCCGUUGUUACCGGAGUUAUAGGUUUCAGGUGCAUCCUUGCAGCGAAUCUAACGGGGUUGUGGUUUUGGUUAAAAUCGAGAGUAGUGCAGGACCAGGUGCGCUUGCCAGAAUUCCUUGAUUUUCCUUUUUAUCCUGUGCACUCUUCCAUUCAAUUGAACUUGUCUACAAGGGCUAAACCUCGCAUUGGUCACCUUAGUAUUGUCUCAAGGGAGAGGUACUUUACGGUACAAUGUCCCCCACUACUCCUCAAAAAUUGUCUGGUACCCCGUCGUGUUCGUUUUCUGGCAUGUCUUCAGAAACCUUGCAGGAAUGUCCUUCAAACAUGUUUCACUUCGCAUGGUACUGAAUUCAAGCGCGACAGUCUAUGAUUGUAGGGGAAGAAGUAACGGGAACGGGCACUCCAUGUAUUUAGGGUCUAGUUUUAAGCUACAACCCAUUGGCAGCAUAGCGGGAGAAUAGUCGUUUCCCGGCCCCAUUGGUUGGGCUUGCAGGUUGGUUGGGCAACGGGCAACGGGCAAUGGGCGACGGUUAUCAUGGAUCGUUACUCGUUACUCCUGUUGUAGCGUAGAAUAUCUAUGUUAUCUCAAUUGUCCCCAAUCA